AUGCGGAAGCAGUCGGAAGGGACGACGAAGAAGCGAGACGUCACCCGGGUCCGGUCACCGGGGCCGCCGGCCGUGGAGAGGGACAGGGACUCCUUCGCGACGAUGGGCCCCGCCCGCCAGGAAAGGGGCACCCAGGGAUACGACGACGGCGGGGAGACAGGAAGGAAACCACGACCGCCGGACCAAGAGCCGGCGGCUCCCGAGCCACACGUCAACACCCAUGCCACUGAUGCCAAGCCGCAGCCCCACGGGUGGCGGUACAGCCAGUCCGUGUGCCCGGCGUGGCGCGGGCGGUCUUAUGCCAAGCCGCAGCCCCACGAGUGGCGUUACAGCCAACCCGUGGGCCCGGCGCGGAGCGGGCGGUCUUAUGCCAAGCCGCAGCCCCACGAGUGGCGUUACAGCCAACCCGUGGGCCCGGCGCGGAGCGGGCGGUCUUAUGCCAAGCCGCAGCCCCACGAGUGGCGUUACAGCCAACCCGUGGGCCCGGCGCGGAGCGGGCGGUCUUAUGCCAAGCCGCAGCCCCACAGGUGGCGUUACAGCCAGCCCGUGGGCCCGGCGCGGAGCGGGCGGUCUUAUGCCAAGCCGCAGCCCCACAGGUGGCGUUACAGCCAGCCCGUGGGCCCGGCGCGGAGCGGGCGGUCUUAUGCUAAGCCGCAGCCCCACAGGUGGCGUUACAGCCAGCCCGUGGGCCCGACCACUGCCGCCAAGUCGCGGCGCCACGGGUGGCGUCCUGUAGCCAGCCCGUGGGCCCGACCACUGCCGCCAAGUCGCAGCCCCACGGGUGACGUCCUUCAGCCAGCCCGUGGGCCCGACCACUGCCGCCAAGUCGCAGCCCCACGGGUGGCGUCCUUCAGCCAGCCCGUGGGCCCGACCACUGCCGCCAAGUCGCAGCCCCACGGAUGGCGUCCUUCAGCCAGCCCGUGGGCCCGACCACUGCCGCCAAGUCGCAGCCCCACAGGUGGCGUCCUUCAGCCAGCCCGUGGGCCCGACCACUGCCGCCAAGUCGCAGCCCCACAGAUGGCGUCCUUCAGCCAGCCCGUGGGCACGACCACUGCCGCCAAGUCGCAGCCCCACGGGUGGCGUCCUUCAGCCAGCCCGUGGGCCCGACCAUUGCCGCCUAGUCGCAGCCCCACGGGUGGCGUCCUUCAGCCAGCCCGUGGGCCCGACCACUGCCGCCAAGUCGCAGCCCAACGGGUGGCGUCCUUCAGCCAGCCCGUGGGCCCGACCAUUGCCGCCUAG